AUGAAUCCCCUGACGCAGGUGAAGCGGACGCAGGUGAUAAACCAGAAGGAGGCGGCGCUGGGCCUCAGCGAGGACGCCUCCUGGCACGCCAAGUUCAGGGGCUCCGCCUACGUCUUCGUCGGCGGCGUCCCCUUCGACCUCACCGAGGGCGACCUCCUCGCCGUCUUCGCCCAGUACGGCGAGGUGGUCGACGUGAACCUCGUGCGCGACAAGGCCACCGGCAAGUCCAAGGGCCUCGCGUUCGUCGCCUAUGAGGACCAGAGGUGCACGGUUCUUGCCGUCGAUAACUUGAAUGGAGCUAAGGUUCUUGGGAGGAUUAUCAGGGUUGACCAUGUGGAGAAGUACAAGAAGAAGGAAGAGAAGGACGAGAAGGAGCUGCAGAAGAAGAGGGAGGAGCGCGGCGUGUGCUAUGCUUUCCAGAAAGGCGAGUGCAACCGCGGCAAUGCGUGCAAAUAUUCCCAUGAUGAACAGAGAAAUGCAAACACUGGUUGGGGUUCUAAGGAGGAUGACCCAAAAUGGGAGCAUGAUAGGCACCGUGGUCCACAAAAUAAGGGGGAAUCCCGUGGCAUCUGCUAUGCUUUCCAGAAAGGCGAAUGCAGUCAGGGAGAUUCCUGCAGAUUUUCACAUGAUGAGCAGAGGAAUGCAAACACUGAUCGAGGUUCUAGGGAGGACAGCAAUGCAAGGCGGCAGCAUGACCAUGAUCCACCAAAGAGCCACAAAAAUUUCGCUGACAGGAAUAAAGAAGAGGCGAGAUCAGGGGGUUUCCUCAAGAUCAGAGUUGUACAGGGACCGAGAUUCCAGGUCAGAGACAUGGUGAUGGAGACACAAAACAUAGUGACAGGACCAGGCACGAGAAAUCCCCCGAGAGAUCAAGAGGCGACAGACAGAGAGGCGAUGACAGGGGAAGAGAAGAAAGAUCGGACAUAA